AGCUCAUAGGGCCCUGAGUCCACUGGCUUUUAUACACUAUGUGCACUUGAGUCAAACUAGAGAAGAGCUGGGCUCUGAGAUCUGCCACUACUGCCUGCUACCAGGAGUUUGCAUUAAACUGCAGGACAACCAGACUCGAGAACGAGGGAAAACCCAACACUUUUUGUCCUUUUUGUUUUUAAACACACACACAAAAAAGGAUUAAAAUUCAUCUUUUGAACCACUUCCCCCAAUUCCUCUUCUGAAUUACACCAGGACUUUAAAAGCAUGGCAGAGCAGAAGAGGCAGGUGUCUCUGACCCAGGCUGUGACCCUGACGCUGGUUCUGCUCACCUCAGCAGCUUCGGCAGAGGAGUACGACUACUACAGCUGGCAGGACAAUUACCCCAAUGGCCGCUUCUAUGCCAAGCAGCCACAAUGUGUGGAUAUUCCAGCCGACCUGCGGCUCUGCUACAACGUGGGCUACAAAAAGAUGCGUCUGCCAAACCUGCUUGACCACGAGACCAUGCCUGAGGUCAAGCAUCAGGCAGGCAGCUGGGUGCCCCUCCUGGCAAAGCGAUGCCAUGCUGACACCCAGGUGUUCCUCUGCUCACUUUUUGCUCCAGUGUGCCUGGACCGGCCCAUCUACCCCUGCCGCUCUCUGUGCGAGGCGGUGCGGGACAGCUGCGCUCCAGUCAUGGAGACCUAUGGCUUUCCCUGGCCAGAGAUGCUACAGUGCGAGAAGUUUCCCAUCGACAAUGAUCUGUGCAUUCCUAUGCAGUUCUCUGUGGGUCAUUCCACUCAGACUCCAGUUUCAAAAGUGUGUCCACCCUGUGACAAUGAGUUAAAAGCCGACCCCAUAAUGGAGCACUACUGCGCCAGUGAUUUUGCACUCAAGAUGAAAAUUAAAGAGGUGAAAAAGGAAAAAGGUGACCGCAAGCUCAUCGCAGCACAAAAGAAGAAGAAGGUUCUGAAGAUGGGAAUACUGAGGAAGAAAGACUUGAAGAAGCUCACUCUAUACAUCAAGAAUGGAGCAAACUGUCCCUGCUCGCAACUGGACAAUCUUGGGAGCAGCUUCCUCAUCAUGGGCCGCAAGGUGGACCAGCAGUUACUGCUCAUGUCCAUCCACAAGUGGGACAAAAAGAGCAAGGAACUCAAGUUUGCCAUUAAAUACAUGAAGUCUCAUCAAUGUCCCACUUAUCACACGGUCUUCCAGUGACCAAUGACUCUUUUGUCUAUAGCAGGCCCUGCGUCUUCCAAUAAAUCUCUCAGAGACCACAUCCAUGCCUAAUUCCUACAGUUAGAACAGAUGUAUUUCAUUAAUCAAGAAAUGGCUUUUGGAAACUGUUUAGGACUUAAUUCAUCAUCAAGUACAGCUACAAUUUGUUGGCAAGUGUAUCUACAUCAGAUUUAUUGUUUAUGAAGCAAUCAGCACAUUUAUGAUGCUCAAGCAUGUUUUAGUGAAAUGUUCCUGGUUUCCUCAUUCAGAGCACAAGAGACUUUUCGGAGAACCCUUUCAAUCAAUGUGAGAAAAAGAAAAUUGUGGACAAGAGCUUUAAAGAGUGCACCAGCUUAAUGAGCACAUCUUUGAUUUAGAUGGCCAGAUUCCACUAAAACAAACAACAACAAAAAAAAUAUCGCCAACUGUUUUUUUUUUUUAUUUGUAAUUUUUAUUUGUAUCUUUUAUUUUGUAGAUAAGGAAUAAAAAUGUUUUAUUAUAUA